AUGAGCAGCAAAGUCUCCCGUGACACCCUCUAUGAGGCAGUGUGGGAAGUCCUGCACGGAAACCAGCGCAAGUGCAGGAAGUUUUUGGAGACAGUGGAGCUUCCGAUCAGCCUGCAGAACUAUGACCCUCAGAAGGACAAACGCUUCUCAGGCACUGUCAGGCUUAAGUCCACUCCCUGCCCCAAGUUCUCCGUGUGUGUCUUGGGGGACCAGCAGCAUUGUGAUGAGGCCAAGGCUGUGGAUAUCCCCCAGAUGGACACUGAGGCGCUGAAGAAACUCAACAAGAACAAGAAACUUGUCAAGAAGCUGCUGCUGUGUCUGGCAGUGGCUGUUGGCCACCUGAAGAUUACAGAUGAUGAGCUUGUGUACAGCAUCCACUUAGCUGUCAACUUCCUGGUGUCAUUGCUCAAGAAAAAUUGGCAGGACGUCAGGGCCUUGUACAUUAAGAGCACCAUGGGCAAGCCCCAGAGUCUGUACUAA